GAAAAAAUGUUCGUUUUAAAGCGUUCUGUUUAUAAUAUGAUGAAAUAGCUUUAUUGUAAUAUGUAAAUUCAUUGGGGAUAAAACAGUGAACAUAGCUUCGGAUCCAGAGAAGGUGCACCUAUUUAAUUACAUUUUUUAAAAUAAGAUAAGUUACAAGUUUACGAGCCCAGAAGUGUCUGUCCCCGCCUUAAUACACAAAUGUCCGAGGAGCACGUGAAGGCAGCAAAACACUGUCAGAGGAAACGCUCGGACUCGGAGCUGAGACGUCCCGCGAAGAGCGACAGUAAACACCUCAACAUGGAGAGCCCUCCAGAGGCAGCAGCGGUGGCGGCAGCAGACUGCUCAGCACGUACCUACUCUCAGGUGGUGUUCAUCGACAUCCCUCACUCAUAUCCACCUUCCACCCCUAUUACCUGCGGCUACACCCUCACUGAACCCUACCAGGCCCACCAUAAGGACUGGGUGGGCAUCUUUAAGGUGGGAUGGAGCACAGCUAAGGAUUAUCAUACCUUUGUGUGGGCGAAGCACAGUGUGGAUGUGACAGGGCAGGAACCUGUGACUAAGCAAGCUAUUUUUAAAGAUUACUACCUGCCGAAGGAUGAGAUGGAGUUCUAUCAGUUCUGUUACAUUGACAGUGCUGGUCAAGUGCGAGGAGCCAGCACUCCUUUCUGUUUCAAAAACCCAGAGGAGCAAAGCCUGGAGAACAGCCCAGAAGACGACCUCCUGGUUAUAACAACACAGGAACAGGUUGAACGGAGUGUACAUGAGAAAGCUGAACUGCAGAAAAUGUUGGAUCAGAUGAGAAAGGAAAAUGAAACUUUAAAAAGUGCUCUGCAGAUGGAACAGCAAGAGGUUGCCAGCUUGAAGGGGCAGAAUCAGCAGACAGAAAAAGAAAAGAGUGAACUGGUCAAAGAACUGGAUCAAGUCAAGGAGAAAAAUGGAAACUUGGAAGGAGCCUUAAAACAGCAACUGCAAGAAAUUAACCACUUAAAGAUGGCGCUGCAGCAACAACAGAGUGCUACUGAGCAGACGAACCAGAGUCAGAGCCUCAGUUUAGAUGGAAUAUCAAAUCAAAACGAGACACGUGUUCGGGAGAAAUACGAUCGAGCUUUGACGAAGAUCAACAAGCUGAAAGAGGAGGGCAAGGAGCUGAAAGAGAAGAAUGAUGUUCAAAGUGAGGAGAUUUCCAAGCUGAAUAGCAGACUCAAAGAAGCAGAACGGGAACUGUUGAAAACAAAAGACAGCAUACAGCUCCUACAAGUUGACCUUCAGAGCAGUGAGAAAGAAAAGGAAAGGCUCUCUGCAGAGCUGGAAAGGCUCACACACAAUAUGGAUGAAGUGAAGAGAGAGAACCAGGAGUUAUCUAGGAGGCUGUCACAGGAGAUACCGCCAGGCACUUCAGAUGAAGACCUAAAGGCGCAGUAUAAGUCUCUUGUCAGCCAGCUAAAGGACACUCAGGCAAAGUUGGCAGCUGAGAAGGACGAGUCCAGAAACGUCAAGACACGAGCUGAGCACCUGGAUAGAGACCUGAUGGAAAUCAGGGAACAGCUGGUGAAUGUGGCCACAUCAUUAGAUGAGGAAAGACGGAAAAGUAGCAAAUAUGAGCUCCAGCUCAGAGAGGCAUGUGCAGCAAUUGCAGAUAAAGACACCAUCAUAGAAAGUAACGCACACAGGAUCAGGCUGGUGAAGCGCGAGAAAGAAGAGACUGACAGAGAAAACCAGAAUCUCCAAAGCGAUAUAGCGGGGCUGCGCAGAGCUUUGGAUGCCUCUGGUGACUCUACUCACGUGCAGCCUGGCGACACCUCGAGCAACCAAGACUGGCAACAGCAGGAGACGCCUGAACAGGCCACGAACCUGUAUGACAGCAUAGGGAGCAGUGCAGUAGCAGAAGAAGACUGCCUGGUGUGUCGUCAUUGCCAGGAGAGGUUCCCUGGAAUCACCCAGGAUGAACUGGAGCAGCACGAGCAGUGUCACCGAGUGUGUCCCUUCUGCACGAUGAUCUGUGACACCAUGGAGCAGGCUGUGUUUGAAGACCACGUCUACAGCCACGAGCUGUGAGAGCUGCCCCGGGCCAAACAUGAGGUCCGGUAUCAUUGAUAUGUUUAGGGGAAACGGUGUCUUACUUGUUGGGUGGUCCUUAUUUAGACAACGAGACCUAUAGUUGUGCUUGUUUAUACUCGUGUACUGCAAAUUAUCUUCACAUGAAAGGGGGCUCUGCCAAUUUUAUGUAUCAAUUAACAAGAGAACUACCUGGGAAAAUGGGCAUAAUGAUGUGUUCUGCUGCUCUGUAGUAUAAGAAACCUACUGAAGUGAAACCACCCAGGUAUAAACCUUUUUUUUGUUUUGUUUUGUUACAGAAAGUCUGAAUUCCAAGAAUGUGGAGUUUGAAAGAUGUAGGCAUUUAUCAGGCAGGGUGGGGGUCUAACUAAAGAUGGUGGAAUAUCACAGCUUGAAGGAACUAAAAAUCACAACAUCUCAGCCUCUGCUGCUUUGACUUUGAAAUUCUUUUGAAUUCUGCUGUAUCUAUGGGGCUAUAGUGCUAAAUGGCUGUGGCACUUACAAUGUUGACUGUUUUCCAAAGCGUGCUACCCUACUGGCAGAUUUCCCUGGCUUAUGUAACGUGUCACCUUGAACACCAUGACUUCAUUUGUUUAACAAGAUGCCAGAGUUCUCAAAUGUUGGAUGUUGUCCAGUUUUUUUAUUAGCUUAAAUAAAAACUGCAAAAGGUCCACUGACCCACAUAUAAGACGAGCACAGAUUUGCUUUUUACAGUUCUAUUUCUAUUAAAAUGGUGGUUAACAGAACCACUGCAUCUUUUCAAAGAAAAACUAAACAAGAUUAUGUAUCUGAAACAGUUGGGAAAAA